AUGAUAGCAGCAGCACCAACACCCACAGCAGCAGCACCAACACCCACAGCAGCAGCAGCAGCAGCAGCACCACCACCACCACCACCACCACCACCAUCACCACCACGCACAGCAGCAGCAGCAGCAGCAGCAAGUUACCUACUAAGCCAGGCUUGCAUAACGUGUGUCCAGUGUAUGUGGUGGGGCACCAACACCACCACCAGCACUCACAGCAGCAGCAGCAGCAGCAGCAGCACCCGCAGCAGCAGCAGCAGCAGCAGCAGCAGCAAACCAUCACCACCACCCACAGCAGCAGCAGCAGCAGCAGCAAGUUACCUACUAAGCCAGGCUUGCAUAACAUGUGUCCAGUGUAUGUGGUGCGGCACCAACACCACCACCAACACUCACAGCAGCAGCAGCAGCAGCAGCACCACCCACAGCAGCAGCAGCAGCAGCAGCAGCAACAUACCUAUUGAGCCAAGCUUGCAUAACAUGAGUCCAGUGUAUGUGGUGGGGCAGCAGCAGCAGCAGCACCACCACCACCACCAACACUCACAGCAGCAGCAGCAGCACCACCACCACCCACAGCAGCAGCACCAGCAGCAGCAGCAGCAGCAGCAGCAGCAGCAGCAACAUACCUAUUAA